UCCUCUCUUGUUUUAUGGAUGAAUCAAAUAACACAGUGAUGAACUAAAAGGUUCAGAUGAAUCCUGGUUAUGUAGAAGAUGACCAGCAGUCCAGAUGGAAUAUUUUUAUAAUACAAUUUAAUCUACACCAUGAAUUUAAAGAACUUUAAAGGUAAUUUGAAAACCAAUAUACAAGCCUCUUAAUAUUUUAUAUUUGACCUUAGAAAAUGGAAAUGUUCCUAAAUAAAGGAUUGAUUGAUUGAACACACAGACAGUGACAAUGCUCAACAUGGCUGCCAAUGGCAACAAUAAUUAUAAAUACCAAUAUUAAUUGUGACAAUGCCGUUACAGAGAGUAUAUUAUUUUAACAGGUGAGUUUUGAGUCUUAAUCUGAACAUCCUAAAUUUAUCUUUCAUUUAUUUCCUGAACAAGUAAUCAGUUGCUUCUAAACUUUUGUUGGGGAAUUUGUUCCCUGUGUAUUAGCCUGCUACGCCCUUUGUAAAGCUACACUGUCAAUCAGCAAUAAUUUGGGUUAUUGGGAGAAAAAAAAACUGAGAAAAGCAUAGUACAUCUGCAAAUUGUGUAAAAGGUUAUUGUUUUUUGUGGUUUCUGAAGAGCAGAUGGUCGACCGUGACAUCUGCUGCCCUCUUCCUGAGUGUCGUGAUAAAACUGCGGCCGGGUAAAACAGUUAAAUCUAGUUGAAACGUUGCCAAAAGAAAUAGAAAUUAAACAAACAUUGUUGCUCCACGUCCACUGACUCAUACUGUACAUGCACAUGUGGCCAAGUGGUUCAUGAAUAUCUCUAAACUUUCAGUUCUUCAGGCCAAACCACAAUUGGAUUGGUGUCUGGAUUCUGGUCAGUAGGUGUGUCCACUUCAGAUAAUGCGGAUUAUUUUUCCCAAAACAACUUUUGAAACCUAAUGUGGGUGAAGUUAAAACAGGAACCUGUCUGUGCCAGUGCAGUAGCAUCAUCAUGGCUGUACAGCUGCUGUUCUUCAUCCUCUUCAAUUCCCUUUAUGGGACCAAAGCUGAAGCUCUUCCUCCACCGAACCUAACUGUGGAUCGACUUGUGAUGACAGAAACUGAUUCAGUCACAUUAAACUGUUCGGCUCCACCACAUGUUUCUGUGUCUCGGUGUGAUUUCUACAUUCAAAACAAAGAAAUGUCUUCAAACUCCUCCUGUGUGGAAACACUGACAGGAUCUGAGAUGCUCAGGAUGUUAAGCAGAAGAUCACCAGCUGAUGUCAAAGUUAAAUGUUUAUACACUGUAAAGGAUGGAGCUCUACAAUCAUCAGACAGUGCAUCAACAUUAAUCACCAUAAACAAUCUUCUUCCAGCCACACUGACAGUGAAUCCUCUGGUGAUCACAGAGUCAAACUCAGUCACUUUAAACUGUCAGCCUCCAUCUUCUGUUCCUGUGUCUGAUUGUUAUUUCUACAUUGGGAGAGAAAAAAUACCACAAAGAUUUUCUUGUCUGAAGACGAUGACAGCAGCUGAUCUCCUGUCUUUAACCAAACAAAGUUCACCAGCUAACAUUGAUGUAACAUGUUUUUACCUGAAAUCACAUCCAUCUCCAAAGAGUAACCUGCUGUCCAUCAUCAUACAGCUUCCUCCACCUGAACUGACUGUGAAUCCACAGCAGAUCACAGAGACAGACUCAGUCACAGUGAACUGUGGGACUCCUUCAUUUGUUUCUGUGGAGAAUUGUUUUUUAUAUUUCAUAAACUCAAAGAUGUCCAGAAGCAUUUCCUGUGAGCAAACACUGACAGGAAGUGAGCUCCUGACACAUCGAACUUCACCUGCUGAGGUUGAACUAAAAUGUUAUUACAUGGUGAAGCGUGGAGGAAUGCAUCAGUCUCCAUAUAGUAACACGUCUACAGUCUCCGUCCACAAAGUUCAGGAAACAGAUUCAACCACAUCUCAGAGAGUAACGACUGUCAGUGUGACUGCUGAUCUUCUUCCAGCCACACUGACAGUGAAUCCUCUGGUGAUCACAGAGUCAAACUCAGUCACUUUAAACUGUCAGCCUCCAUCUUCUGUUCCUGUGUCUGAUUGUUAUUUCUACAUUGGGAGAGAAAAAAUACCACAAAGAUUUUCUUGUCUGAAGACGAUGACAGCAGCUGAUCUCCUGUCUUUAACCAAACAAAGUUCACCAGCUAACAUUGAUGUAACAUGUUAUUACCUGAAAUCACAUCCAUCUCCAAAGAGUAACCUGCUCUCCAUCAUCAUACAGCUUCCUCCACCUGAACUGACUGUGAAUCCACAGCAGAUCACAGAGACAGACUCAGUCACAGUGAACUGUGGGACUCCUUCAUCUGUUUCUGUGGAGAAUUGUUUUUUAUAUUUCAUAAACUCAAAGAUGUCCAAAAGCAUUUCCUGUGAGCAAACACUGACAGGAAGUGAGCUCCUGACACAUCGAACUUCACCUGCUGAGGUUGAACUAAAAUGUUAUUACAUGGUGAAGCGUGGAGGAAUGCAUCAGUCUCCAUAUAGUAACACGUCUACAGUCUCCGUCCACAAAGUUCAGGAAACAGAUUCAACCACAUCUCAGAGAGUAACGACUGUCAGUGUGACUGCUGGUCAAACAUUUAGGACAACAAUAGAAACAGAAAGUCCAUUUUCUCCUCCCCCAUCAUCAGUGAAUCCUACAUUAUUUGCUACAUCAGAUCCAAGUGGAAGGACCACAGUCAACACAGUUUCUCCUUUGUCAACGUCACCAUCAGAGGCAACAGUUGUUGAGAAUAAGGACUGGACCUUCACAGCUUUCCCUGCAACCACUGCAGCAGAUCAGAAACUUUCUGUCAAAACUAAAUGGAUGUUUGUAGCUGUACCUGGUUCUGGAGUAGUUGUGGGAGUAGUUUUACUUGUGGGACUUCUCUGUUCCAGAUGGAGAAGUGAUAAAAACACUUACCGGAGAUCACGAGUCAGAAAUAAUGAUAACUUUAUAGGAAUGAGGAAUGUUACUAAUGGAGGACUGUUACCUGUUGGGAAUGAAGAUGGCUACCACACAGUCACGUUCGUUAAUGCAGACGACUCUGCAACCGAAUCCGUUGCGAUAAACACACAGAACUCUCAAAAUGAAAAUCAUGAUGUUUACCACGUUUACGCCACCAUCCCUGACGAACCAGAAGAAGCUACCGUAGAGAAGCAGCUGUACUACACCCUACAAGCUCACUGAAAAACAGCUUCUGUUUAAAGAUGCGUUAAAAAUUUCCACUAAAUGUACAGCUAUAGAUUAUGUUUUUAUAGAUAUUUUUUAUUAUUAUCAUUUCAUUAUUGUCUGUCCUCUCCUUUCUGGAUUAUAUUUACUUUUCAUUACGCAGUGUUGUGAAAAAGCGUUUUAUCCGUUCUUCAGCUGUUUUCCUUUUGUGACAAAAUUAAAUGUUUAAAAAUGUUACAAUUUUAUGUAUUUUUUUUUUUAUUUUUGUUUUGGGGGAGUAUGUCUAUGUCAGUCUUGCACACCUGGAGACUAAAGGUUUUUCUCAAGAUUAAAUUAAGAACAUCUGGAAACUUAAAAUUAUUCCACAGAAUCUCAUUUAAAUUUAAGUCUAAACUUUAACUAGGACAUUUUAAACAGCAGCUCCAUUGCAGUUCUGCUUGUGUGGUUUUGGUUGUCCAGUAUUAAGCCUCAUGCCCUUUAGCAGGUUUUCUGCCAGUGUUGUUUUGUAUUUGCCUCCAUAAAAAGCAGCUUCCCUCUUCUGAAUAAAACCAUCCUCACAGCCUGAUGCUGCUUCUUCCAUCUGUCAGUUAGUUGGUUUUCUGGGUCAUGUGCAAUGUUUGUUUUCUGUGAAAUUAUUUAGGGGUCUCUUCAGGUGUUUUGUUAACUGUGAACGUUUGUAUCAUUGUCCUUUCAUUUUGCAAUUUUGAGCCACUUUGUUAUGGUCGAAAUCUAUGGAAACAGAUUUGUGCCAAUAAUACCACACACAAUGUUUUACUUCUGAAAUGCUUCUUUUGUUUCCCUAAUUUUAGUUUUCAUCCUGUCAGACUAAAGGUCAGCAUCUUUGUUGACUUAUUGUCAUUUUCUUGAUAUACUAAAAUAAAUUGCUAAAUGUUUUUGACA